AUGAAGGGCUUCAGGCAGAGGGUCUCCGAACAGCUCUCUCGAAGCAAGGAUAGCAAGUCAUCUAAGAAGAAGGACUCCACCUCGGGAACUGCAUCGCCGUCGCUGGGUGCUUCCAACUCCCCCUCGGGCUCUGCCCAGGCUACGCCUUCCUCGUCGCAGACGCAGCUCACCGAUGCGCGAAGCAAGAGCCAGCCCGCCGCCGAUGGCGCUUCGGCCAACAUUGGGUCGCUACAACAGAACCCCCAGCCCUCGUCCGGUUCCCUCGCGGGUGGACCCCAAUCUUUCGGCGGACAGGGCAUGAUGAGCCCCGGUGCUGCUGGUAACGCUGGCGCUGCAGGUCCAGGCACGCCCUCUAGGUUGGGGCAGCCCCUGGCACCCAGCGUCGUCAUCAGCCCAAGCGCGCCUCAUGUGCCUCCUCCUGGCGCUGCCGAGACGAUGCCCGGUGAUCUUGCGCCUCCAAAGGCGGGCCAGAAGUCGGGAAUAUUCGACCGUCUUCAAGCGACGCCCAAGGACAACAUCGAGGGCAUGCGAACCCCGAAGAGACAACACUCGUCGCGCUUCGACAUCUCGGAUCAACGUCAGCGUGAACUGGAAAAGCUCCCCGGAUUCCACGAGGUGCCCCCGAACAAGAGAGAGGAACUCUUCAUGCAAAAGAUCGACCAAUGCAACAUCAUCUUCGACUUCAACGAUGCUAGCGGAGACAUGAAGUCAAAGGAGAUCAAGCGCCUGGCUCUGCACGAGCUGCUCGACUAUGUCGCCAACAACCGCCAGGUCAUCACCGAGAAGAUGUAUCCACGCGUCGUGGAGAUGUUUGCGAAGAACCUGUUCCGUCCUAUCCCGCCCCCGAUGAACCCCCAAGGCGAAGCUUUCGACCCAGAGGAGGACGAGCCGGUGCUGGAAGUAGCAUGGCCGCACAUUCAGGUAGUCUACGAGUUCUUCCUUCGCUUCAUCGAAAGCCAGGACUUCAACACGAACAUUGCCAAAGCGUAUAUAGACCACAGCUUCGUGCUCAACUUGCUCGAGCUAUUCGACUCGGAAGACCCCCGAGAACGCGACUUCUUGAAGACUACGCUCCAUCGCAUAUACGGCAAAUUCCUCAACCUCCGCUCCUACAUCCGCCGAUCCAUCAACAACGUCUUCUUCCAAUUCAUCUACGAGACAGAGCGCUUCAACGGUAUCGCCGAGCUUCUCGAGAUUCUCGGGUCCAUCAUCAACGGUUUCGCUUUGCCAUUGAAGGAGGAGCACAAGCUAUUCCUCACGAGGGUGCUCAUCCCGCUCCACAAAGUCAAGAGUCUGAGCAUGUACCAUCCACAAUUGGCGUACUGCAUUGUCCAGUUCUUGGAAAAGGACGCGGCAUUAACAGAAGAGGUUGUUUUGGGUCUUCUCCGAUAUUGGCCAAAGGUGAACAGUACCAAAGAAGUCAUGUUCUUGAACGAAGUAGAAGACAUCUUCGAGGUUAUGGACCCCGCCGAGUUCGCAAAGGUUCAGGAGCCGUUGUUCAACCAGUUAGCCAAAUCAGUGGCCAGUCCUCAUUUCCAGGUCGCCGAGAGAGCGCUGUACUUCUGGAACAACGAGUACUUCUGCAAUCUGGUUAGCGACAACGUUGAAGUUAUUUUGCCAAUCAUGUUCGCACCACUGUACGAAAACUCAAAGGGACACUGGAACCGAACCAUCCACGGCAUGGUGUACAAUGCUAUGAAGCUCUUCAUGGAAGUAAACCCGCAACUCUUCGACGACUGUUCGCAUGACUACGCCGAGUCACAAAACAAUGCAACGCAAAGACAGCAAAGUCGACAAGAUCGCUGGGACAAGCUCGCCAAGCUCGCCGAAUCACGUUCAAACGGCACUGCAGAGAAAUCCGCCGUCGACCCGAUGCGUAUGGACGACUCGGAGUCACGUUUGGAGAACCUCCGUCUACAGGAUGACGGAACAGCAUCGAGAGAGAGGCGGCCAAAGGAAUAUGAGCGUCAAGGCAGCCAAACCUCGAACUCUGGAUGA